UACACAAGAGGUGUGAGAAAGCCGCAGAAUUUUGUAGAUCGGGGAUGGCAAAACCGGGCAAUGCGUCGAGUUAUGUGCAGUUUCUGGAAGAAUUCUGCAAAGAGCAUAAAGGCACAUACACAGAUGCCGAUCGUCUGCCAAUAAGAAUCGAAAAUCUGACCCUCUCCAUCACAGAAGUUGAAGGAGAAAGUCUUGAUUUGGCCUUGCAGUACCUGGAGACUAAGAAAUGUCCUACUCGCUUGGCACAUGCUAUUGCCCACGCGGUGGCCGUCAAGAUGGUGAAAAGUGACCUAUCACACAUCCACAGUGAAAGCAGCGAGGACGAGAUACAGCGAUUAGAUGCUAACUUAUUUGGCCGUGAGUUGUUUAAUAAAGUGGACGAAAUGUGUAACCAGUGGCUAACUCAUGGUAUCCCAGAACUCCCCACUCCCAGCGUGCACCACUCCAUCUCUGUACACACCAUCAAGAACACGCGCAGGAAGAUGGAAGACAGACACGUGAUCAUCGAUGAUUUGAACUCUCUGUUUAAACUCAAGGGUCAUCCACCACAGUCGUACUAUGCAGUGUUUGAUGGUCACGGGGGCACGGAUGCUGCGGCAUACGCUGCUGCACAUGUUCACCUGAACAUCAUCCAGCACCCAGCCUUCCCUGAAGACAUGGAGAAAGCCAUGAAGGAGGGUUAUAUAGCCACAGAUGAGGGCUUUGUGGCAAGAUCUAACAGAGAGAAAUUAAACAGUGGUUCUACAGGUGUGUCAGUGUUAAUGAGGGGGAACAAACUCCACACGGCCUGGCUGGGAGACUCCCAGGCACUGCUAGUUAGAGACGGCACUCCCAUACAGCUGAUGAAACCACAUAAACCAGAGAGAGAGGAUGAGAGGAAGAGGAUAGAAGGUCUGGGUGGCUGUGUGAUUUGGUUUGGGGCCUGGAGGGUCAAUGGUGCUCUCUCUGUGUCCAGGGCAAUAGGUGAUGCUGACCACAAGCCAUACGUGAGCGGAGAGCCUGACGUCUCCACUGUCCAGUUGGACGGGACAGAAGAUUACAUCAUCCUGGCCUGUGACGGCAUGUGGGACACCAUCCCGUACAACGAUCUGGUCAACUUAAUCUAUGAACACUUUGACACCAACAAGGGAACUCGGGACAACAUAGCCGAGGCAUUAGUGAAGGAGGCCAAGACGCGGGGCUCAAGUGACAAUAUCUCUGUGAUUGUGGUGUUUCUAAGAGACACUGUAGGCACACCCAAGGUUGAAUAUGUGGAUGAUGAAAUAGAUGAGGAAGAGUCCGGUAACAAUGGCAAGAAGAAAAAUGACAUUAAUGAUAAGAAGCCGUCAGAUGAUAGAGGCAAAGAUAACAAGAAAGACAUCCCAUUGCAGGUGAAUUUUGGAGGACCUGGCAGUCAUAGUUCUGGGGGGACAACAGAUUCGAAGGACAUGUCCAAGAAUGGGAAACAGUCAAAUCUACAGCAGAAGAAGGAAAAGUUUGGAAUCCAUCACUCUCAGUGUUCAGUGUCAUCACCAAUCUCCUCAACAACAUCAUCAUUAUCGUCAUCCACAGGUGCUUCUUCAGUUUCUAGAAAGAUCAAUCCUGGUGACAUUAAGCAACCCAGAGGUUCAAAAGCUUUGAAAUCUCCUCCUGCGCAUUUAGCGCCAUCUACCACAGGACAUAAAGUCAGCUCCUCUUCUUUAUCUUCAUCUUCCCCACGCUUUUUACACUCUGAACAACAAGCAGAUAACGGUUCUACUGCUGGGGGGAUGGAAAGCAAAAAACUUUCUAAAACAGGGAAGACAUCUUCAUUAUUACCAAAUAAAAAGAUUGGACUUAAUCCAGCUGGGACCCUCCCCCCAAACUGUAGCCCCAGGACUGUGAGUGUGAAUCUUCCACCAGGCAAACACCCCUCUAUAUCUUAAAACAAGGGUUGUAUAUAUAGUAGUGGAAGUUUUCUAAUUGGUGGAGUAAAACACUCAAAUUAGGUUUUGAUUACCGAAAAAUAUCUGUAAGACUUCAAUGAAAGGCCACUCUUUGUGGCAUUAUGGUAUUGCUGGGUUAGCACUGGCAAUUUUUUUCUCAUAGCCAAAUUGCAACUUUUUCAACGCCAAUUUUUUUUCCAAAUGGUUUAAAUGGUUUUAACAAGUCAAAUCAACCAUUUUUUGUUUAGCCAACUUAGUCAAUUUUAGCAUUUGGCUAAAUUGUCGAGUGUUAGGGCUGCCCCAGUAUUGCCUCUGGCACAUAAAUUCUUUGAAUAUGUUGCUUUUGUAACAGCCAUGGGGUGAUAAAUAAGAUAUCAUUUUGUAGUAUGAAGUGCCAUUUUGUUUGAUAAGAGUGGAGAAUUUUUGGGAAAUUAAGAUUUAAGGUUGUUUUGUUUGUUAUCCACCCAAUACAUCCCUACUACAAGCUUGAAUUGAAGUGUUUGCAGUUGAAUUAAACAGGCAUAACUGUGUGUUUUUUCUCUUAUUGAUUUAUGGUGUUCUUUAGCAGAUAGUACUGAUCACUAUCAUCAUUUUUAUAUAUGGUGUUCCCAGAUUUUCCUCACGAAGAUAAGUUUAUUAUUGUCUAAUUGGUUUGAUAUUUUGUCAGAUCCACCCUUUACAGUUCUGAAUACAUAUCCGACUGGUUCCACUUUUAGAGUUAAAAUAUGCCCAGUUACUUUUGGGCUUUUUAACCCAAAAUGUGGACCCUAUGUGGGCAUUAGUACUGCAGUAGUACAUCUGUAAACAGUAGAAAUAUUUACAAAGUAAAAUUAAGUUGAGCUGAAAUGGGAUUCUCUUUACAUGAUCAACAUACCCGAGUCUGUCCAUUGUGUUCUAGGUAUGUAGAGCUUUAAUUGUUACAUUAUCUAAAGUUUGGGGUAAUUGAAGAUCCUAGGCACAUUUGGCCCUGACUUGCCAUGUAGGUAGAAGUUUGUUUUACACACGGACACUUACUGACAGAUUAAAUUUAAAGCACAAAUUUAUGUUUUACUUUUAUCCGUCACUUUUCUCUCUCAGGAAAAAAACAAGAAACUGACUGACCCAAGAACUAGUCACUUUAAUUGGACUUCCACCACCUGUCUCAUAAAUAAUACUAAGCUUUGAUACUUUAACUAAGGUUAGGGCUCAAACAGAGAGGCUACCUCUUUACCCGUGAGAUUCUUCCUUGUGAAUUAUUUCAGGUAAAAAAACGGUCCUUUUUCUAUGUGUAAUACUUAGGCUAAAACUUUUUGUCUAGGCAGCUGUUGAAUCGUCUGUGAAGUUAUUUUCUAGAUUAGAAUGAUUCUGUAUUUUUAUAUGUAUAAUUCUUUAAUGAUAAACUUGUAGCUUAUGGUUUUCAUCAUAAAUAAAGAAGUAGGUAUUUUAAUAAGAUAUUAUAUUUCCUCUGAUAGGCAGUGUUGGCCCUUUUACGUGGAAAGAUUUUAUUAAUGGGAGAGGGAGAUAUAGGUUGUUGGUGUAGAAUCCACACAGCCCUUUGCCAAAGUACAGAUGACCCGGAUGUUUUCAUAAGUUUUUUUGUCCUCAGCUUAUGUUGUUGAACUAAGGCAUUGUUAUGAUAGUGGGUAUAGGGGUACUUGGUGCAGUCUUGAAAGUUGGUAGUUGAGUCUGCCUUCAUUACCCCCUCCCUCUAGUUUUGGUCAAGGUUCUGACCCAGCUCUCCGCCCCCUUUCUGUUCUUGAAAAAUAAUCAAAAACUGGUGUCAGUACAAGCACACCUGUUAAUACCGACCAUCUGAACAUACCCAGUUCUGAGGACAGUUAGGACAGAAUUGGUACCUACCCAGGGAAAAAGGCAGAUAUAUUUAUGUUUGAAAUAAUUCUUGAAGACUUUUUAUUUGAUCUGCUGUGAAUGGGAUUGUUAUAAUGAUAAAUUAUUGACACAGAUGAUGUCAGGUAGAUCUGAGAAAAGUUGGGGAUGUUUUAUGUUGUAUAUGUUGUUGUGAUACAGAAAUUCAAGGUAAAGUAAUUUAAGUGAAAUGCAUGUAGCCAGCUGAAGGUACAGCUCUAUAACUAUUCUAAUCACAGAUUAAUAUAUAUGAUAUUUUUGCAAAAUCAUUUUAGAUAGCUGCAUAAUAGGUUCAGUGCAGUCCCUUUAGUUUGCAGUUUGUACAAAGAGGACAGUCUGCACAAAAUUGUCUCAUAAAGAGUAGAAAUAAUUUGUUUACUGAUGUGCAUCUCCCAGAAGUUGAUUAAGAAUUGUUGUGCCUACUUUGGUGCUGUUAUUGUUGUUGAUAUUAUUUAAUUAUAAUACCCAAAAGAUGAAGCCUUAGAAUGUUAAUAUAUUGUUAUGCUCACAGAUUUAAAUAUUUUAAUUGUAAUUUGGAAUGGAUUUUUCCUCCAUCUUUAAGACCCAUCAAGGCAGCUGAGAGUGAUGCAUUAUGGGUUGCACCCUGCGUGUUAGAGUCCCAUGGGAGACUGCCAUACCAGUACAUGCUGGCCUUCUAUAUUAAGAGAGCCUCCUGUUGUUACCCUGCAACUCAGUAUGUCCAUAGUGAUACUAAUAAAUAGGUCCUGAAAAUACUAAUAUGGAUUAAAAAAAUGAUAAUUACUGUUUGAAGUUUGAUGCCUUAGUUGGGUCCAUCGUUUCUUGAUAACUUUUGUUGGCUAAUGAUAUAUUUUUGCCCGUUUUGUUUGUUUUUACACUAGUAGUUAGAUAAAUUGUUCAUAUUUAAGAAAGAAACACAUCUUAGUGUUAAAAUAUAAACUGUAAUAUAUUGUACCUUAAAGAUAAUUUAACUUUGUUCAUUAUUUUUACUUGUCUUGCUGUUAAAUGUCAUUUGGGCAUCAACGUUUUAAACGGUAAAGUAAACAUUAUGGGUUCAAUAUUAUAAGCCCAAGUUUAUAAGUUGUAGAUUGAGCCAUACUUACUGUAUAAAGAUGUAACUCUACACAAGUCAUAUUAUUGUGCUUGGGUUUUUAAAUAAUUUUAUGUGCACAUUGAACUGGGAUUGUGAUGUUAGUUGGAGAGCUGGGAAGUACUCCCUUUUUACAGAUCCCUAGUGUCUGAAGUUGUAAGAGCCAGAUAUCAGUCUAUGUGCCAUAUUAUGACGAGUUGUACGGUUCAAAUUUGAAGAUGUUCUUGCAUGUUUAACCUAUCGGAUAAGAUAUGUAAUUGUUAUACAAGUGUUAAUAACAUAGUUC